AGUACUCUUCCUCAUGGUCAGUGUCGCCUCAUCCCUUAUCCCUUCGACGUCUAGUGGUCCGUAGUUCCGGCGGAAUGUAGUUUCUCCUUCAUGCAACACCUAAAACAAAGACGAACCAGAAGAAGAAAAGCUAUCGAAGGCAACUGGACAAGAAAUCAUACUCGUCGUGGUAAAAGUUGGUAUUUUCGAUUAGAGAUAAAAUUAAAAAGUUGUUUUUUCAUAUGCUGAAGCUACAUGUCCUUCUAGAAGAGCCUCGCUUUUAAUACAUUUCUGUGUCUUGCAAGGGCGUCUCCUACUUUCUUCCUUUAUUCCUGGCAUUCUACAACACGAAAGUCCAAGUCGUCGCCGGUGGCUUUUACUGUAUGAGUAUGAAAACCCAGCACCGCAGAAGAAUCGGCACUGCAACCUAGUACCCCGUCAAGAGACGAGACGAGAGCAACUGACGCAAACCGGACUAUUCGUUGGUUUAAAACUGACUCAAACCGGACUAUUCGUUGGUUUAUUCAUCUGCACCUCGAAAAAUAAGUACUAAGAAAGGGAUAACUAUUUCAAUUUGUUUUAAGUAAGCAUAUUAUCGGACGCCGGACACAGUGCUGUGAUAAAUCACGUUCACGACCUUCUUUGUUCUUGCUCAGCGCUUUGCGCCGAAAGACAGAUUUUCGCGAAGGUUUGGAUGUAUUCGGCGAACCACUACAGAACAGACCAGCUGAUCGAACGAAGCCCAAACUUGUUGUAAGUCCGGAUUCAGGAUGAGUACCAUGGCGGCGCUGGCACAGGAAGAGCUGCUAGAAGCACGACCUCCCCAAGAACUACAUCAAUACCCCGGCGGCGACGUGGACGGUGGAGGCACAUUAGAAGUACUGGAACAAGCUGGUGCAGGUGCGGACGAACUUUUGCGUAGCAUGGACCUGGCAGCUGCGGCGGGCGGUCUAGAACGCGACGAGGCUUCAUCGCUUGGGCUGGGUGCCGCACCGGAAGCGGGACAUGAAAAUGCAGCGCCGCCUACUGCAUCGAGCACCACCAAACAUGGGUUUUCAUCUCACAUGAGCAGGCCAGCGAAGCAGCCACCCCUUGCAACCACGGUGGCAGGUGGAGCAGCGGCCGAAAAUGUGGCACCACAGGAUCAACAUCAUGGUACUCGCUCAGGUGGGGUUCCCCCUUCAGCAGCAGCAGACCCGCCAAAGGCCGCGCCGCCAAAUCCAACGAGCGGGGGCGGGUUCGUGCACAUGAGUGCUUUCGCCAAACCACGCAAGAACCGACUGCCGGUGGGAUCGCCGCUGCACGGUCCUCUUGCAGGAGCCGGGACCACAAGCGGUGUCCUACUUCCCGGAGCAGCGGAAAGUAGCAGUACGGGGCCUAUGCAAAUGCAAGUAACGCAGCAGCUGCAGCUCAACCUAAACCCAUUGGUGGUGCAGCAGCAUCAUGAUCCACACCAACUUAAUCAACAGCCAGCCGGGAAGAUGAAUAUCGCCAACUCAUCAAGUAGUACAACUGCUGGACCUGGACGACUAGGCAUUCCCCCGACCACCAGCUCGAGCGCCGCGAAUCUGUUUGUAUCAAAUGCAAAUAUAUUUGUCUGGAGCGUCUGGAAGAGAAGUGCACAUGCACUUAGUGCCUCUCUGUCUCUGUCAUGCAUCUCCUGCAACAGAAUCAGAAAGAUAAGAUGGUCUGGUAUGCACGCAAAGUGUUUUGACAUCUAGUAUAUCUAGAGGCUUUCAAGAUACGAAUGGUUGCUCCUGAUGCCUAGUUGUACCCCACACCAUCAGAAAUAGAUUGAAUUCGCUCUUGAUGCAGAAAAAAUUUGAUCUUGGCAGCGUUUGGCAUUGACGCAAUGCAGAUUUUUGGUGCCUACGGCUGCUCGAGAUCUGGCAUCUUCACAAGUUGGAGCUCUUCCAGAAGGCCCAGAUCGAUAUUUGCAAUGCAUAGUUUGCACCGAAUAGCAAUACGCGAAUGCCCCCACGUCUGCAGAUACAGCAGCAAAAGGGCGGGGGUGUCGUGUCAUACCUUGGAGGCGUCGGAGUUGGCAAGGGUGCAGCGACGUCGUCGUCGUCCGCUUCUAGCUAUAAUUUUCUGCCCUACACUGUCCUCCGUAAUAGCACUCCUGCAGGAGGUACUACAACUACAGUAUCGGCACAGAAAAUGUCGGCAAAGAACGUUGCUAACGCGCAAGGCCUGGGUCGUGCGGCGAAAGGCGUCGGCAAAAAUGGCAGGGGGCACGUCCAGCAAACUACUGGUAGUCACUGUUUCAUCAUAAACUUUCUUGUGAAGAGCGUUUGUUGCUCAUUUAUUGCCCACUUUUCGUCCCAAUUUGUCCUUGUCGUCUGAUUUUUAUCGAAGAGCUCUGGCCUACGCCUAUGGCACUGUGUUUGGAAUAUAUUUGUGUCGCUGCACCUACCAAUGCCAAUGUAUCCACGGAAAUUUGCGAAUUCGAUCGUGAAGUGUUUGGGUUUACUUCGCGAUCAUGAAAGUUGCAUUUAAUGUACGAGGUACAGUAUCAGUAACAGUCAGAAUCAGAAACAGUAUCUAUCUAUCAGUUCUUGGACACGAGGACAUGCAUCUUCUCCUUGUUCUAUUCUAGGUCUUCUCGCGAACCAGCGUCAGCUGCGUCCAGAUGCCUUCGGGCGCAACCAGGUUUCCACAAAAAUCAAUCCCGCGGCGGCGCUUCCGCACAGAAUUUCCACACUGACAACCCCCCGUCCUGCACAACCCGGCGGCCUACCAGGUUAUAAGCUCGGCGGGCAACUACAGCUAGUACCCGGGGGGGCCCCCGCUAGUACAUCAACGGCUGUCCCAGCUGGCCACCAUAAAAACAAGCGUGUGUUGCGUUCGCAAGUCGCGGGGAACAAGGGGAUCCCUGGCGGACCCGAGCCCCACUUUAUGCAGCUGGGCAAAAACGGCAAGCAGAUCGAGACCCAGCCCACGGUGCUGCCCGUGCACAAAACCUCCAACUUGAAACUGACGGAGGUGGCGAAGAAAGUAAGAAAGCGCCGCGACGCCGAGGGCAGGCUGGAGCUCGACCAUAGCAGGCAUUGGAAGGAUAAGCUGGUCGACGCAAUAAACUGGCUGAAGAAGCAAGAACCACAGGAAGUAGACCUUUCUGGUACAACGAGACUAGUAUCCUUGGCAUAUUUAUUUAAUACUACAAGAAAGCUGUUUAUGUCUUCCUUGUCCACGGUGUGAAUUUCAGAGAUCGAGUCGAAAGGACUAGCGUGGCAGGUCGAAGACACGCUCUUGAGUCACUGUGGUGAAGAGAGAAAUUGUAGUUGACCCUUAAGACGCACGUACACGUAUCUAUAGGAUUUCUUUCAGCUGAUAUGACCACAAUGGACGAACACUCGCGCCGUUGCGCCCAUCAAGAAUGAAAAUGAAAAGCACAUUAAACAUAAAGCUGCCCCAGGAAACGAGAUGAAAUGAUUCCCGAACAACUGCAGGUCUGGCUGAUGACGUGCGGGCAACGAUGACAAAGACGAAGUUCAACGCCGCCCAAUUCUUCUCCGAGUUGCCCGUCAUAGAAGAUUACCCUGAGAUGCAGCUGGAUGAAAACGAGAACGACGAAGAACCCCCAGCGCAGAGCAAAGCCGCAGACCCUCAAGAUCAGAACGCAACUGCCACCGUGGACGUCGUUGCACAAGAAAACCAGGGAGACACGCAGGAGCAAGACAAAACCGACGCUGCACCUGCUUCGGGCGAGGAUAAUCAAGCUAUCGAGAAGAUGAAAAUAACCUCCGCAGAUGAUGGUGAGGAUAUCAUAGCGACAGCUGCAGAACGAGAGGACGUGGGUCUGAAUGCGACCGGCGUCCCCGCCGGGGCCAGCAUUGUGGAGGCAGGCACUAGUAAAGAUCCAAAGAGCUCCUGCUGCGCAGAGGAGGACGAAGAAGUCAAAGCCGACAGCGACAAAAAGGGUGGAAUUGUACCAGCACAACAUCAAGAAGGAGGAAAAAAGAGUAGGCACAAGAAGUUCCACCAGUUUGACUGGAAGUGCCUUUCCCUGAAUCGCAUCGUCGAGAAGUUGCAGAACAAACAGCCGCAAAUGGUGGUCGACACGUAUUACCUAGUCGACGCCGUCAAACGCGAUGUUCAUAUGAUCCAGACGGAGAUGAGCCGGGUGUUCGGAUUGAACCACCAUCGUCAGUACAUCGUCCACCUUGCUUGCGAGUUGUUUGAGGAGCUGGAAUUCUACGCCGCCGACAUUUAUCAGCACGAGCUGAAGCUCGGCCAGCAGAAGCGCGUGGCCAAGGCACAGAAGGAACAGGCCGACUUUCAGAAGCAGGAACUCCUUGCGCAUCAAAACUACCUGAUGCUGCAGCUGCAGCAGGAUCAACAUCUUCACGCGACGAAGCAAGCUGCAGCGGUAGCACCGGCGGGAGGCGCCACUUUGCCGCUGCAGUUCCUCUGUCCCCCCGGUGCGGCAGCCGCGAAUGGGAUACAAGUCGUUGCUCCCCUUCCCGCGGCUGCAAGCUCCGCCAAUAGUAAACCCCUUGAUAGGAGGUCCUUGAAACGGCCUGCAUCAAACAGAAAUAACGACGAAAAGACCCCAUCCAGCUCGGACAACGCGUCUCUGUACGGCGCCCGCUCGAAGCCGAAGAAGGCGAAGCGCAAGGCGCAGCCGAAAAAGAAGACUAAGCAGGCGGAGCUGUUGACCGCGGCCGAUGAGGAUUUCUUCGCAAAGGACGCAGCCGACGACACCAAAGAUCACGACGGCGAUAAAAAUAGCGCAGCUGCGUCGAGCAAAUCCGAAGACAACAAGUCCUCUGUCGUUUCGCGGAAAAGCGCCAACAAGAGAGCGAACCCGAAGAAAAAGUCCGCGCCUUACCAGUUAGGCAUUACAAAAGCACUUCUGCACUUCGUAUAAAUGCCAGGCCUGCCGCACUAGAGAUCUGCCUUAUCUAUAUCCACCUUGGCUAGCAUGACAAAAUCCACCAUGUUUCUUCUUGGCCUUCUUGGGACAAUUUGUAGUGCAUAAUAAGUAUGUGAUUUGGAUUUGGGUUUAUACUUGUGCGAUACUUUUGUACAGGAUACCAGUACAGCGGUAACAACAAGAACCUCGACAAGAAGAUGUUGCUCAACCAGGCAAAGGGCGGGACGCAGCUCUCCGACUCCGAGGACGAUUAUGAGAGUGCACAUCUCGCUCUCGUCCCCCUCACUUGGAUGAAAUUUCUAGCAACAGUUGCGACAACCUAAAAAGUGGCGCUUGGCCAGAAGUGAAGUAACUGUGGGCUGUAGGUCAUUGUCGGCUUCCAGAACUUGUCGUGCAAGCACGGGCAUCAAACUUAAAGGGCCCAGAUAAGACUUGGCAUUUUGCAAAUGUAGCGCAGUCUGUUAAAGGAUGACAAAGGAGGGGAUUGUGGUUGUGCACUAUCAUAAGGAUGAAGACAACGACAGGAAGUCCUCGGUGGUCGGGAAGAAGUCUUCCGCCGGCACGAAUAAGUCCAACCGCAGAAAGAACUACGACCUGCGGAUAUCCUGAGUAAAAACGUACCCACACCAGAGUUGUAAUGCAGAUUUGCAAAGACCUGAAGACUUGGUAUGCGCAUCCCCAUGAGAGCCAUUCCCAAUCGUGUUUUGGAAUUUGUGACGCUGUGAACAGGAUGAGCAGAUGAAUCUGUGACGCGGCUGCACUUGCUAACCUGCACUACACUGCAUAGGGCAUCUUGUCAUGCGUGACUCCCAAAACUCCUAGGUUUGUGUUGCAAAAUCCUCAUCCUGACUCUGGUGUGGGGACGUUUUUACUCAGGAUAGCGGAACCGCAGGACAGCGGAUACCGUGCCGAAAGAGCCGCAGUACCCGCCAAGCAAGGGCGGGAUCACGCCGCAGCUUCGCACGCAGACCGCGGGCUACUUCGGGGAGCUGAAGCCGGAGCAUCAGGAGCUCAUGCACGAUUUCGUCCGGAACUGGCUUCCAAGUUACGACGAAGCGGAGAUGGAGUUGGAGAUCUGGGACUUCCUCCCCACCUACCAAAAAGCCUUCGCGGAACAGGUGAAAAAGUACCACCGACAGGCGCACCCGGAAAUGCACAAGAAGCAGGCGUCGUCCAGCGUGGCCGGCGGGGCGGCUAGUAAAAAGAGCCGGCUUGGGGUUAACGCGGUCGGAGCACCAGGACAGGACGGAGCGGAUAAGGUGCUUCACUUUUUAUUUUCGCAAUAUUGAGAAUAUGAAUUUGAAUAUCCAUGACGUAGACUCAUUUUCGAAGAUUUCCGCUUUUUGGAAUUGUUUUGUUGCAGUCGCCUCGUCCCCAUAGGCGCCCUCCCCUGUGCGUCAUCCCGUGCGGGGUUCGUUUGCGUUGUUGUGCCACGUCUUCACUUUUGCCUCUGCUCGACAACGUCAUCAUCAGUAUCGAAAUAGGUUUUCAACAAAUUACAGCGCGCCCGCUACGCCAAUGGCGAGCUCAUAUCCGACAACGAGUCCGGGUCCUCUUCCGAAGAUGUCCUUUUUAACCAGAGAAAUGCCAAGAAGCCCAAGCGGGUGGUGGACAGCGAUUCCGACGACGACGUGCCGAAGUUCAACUUCCGCCCGAGGCCGGGGACCAGUGCAGCAAAUGAUGCCGUAGGCGGCGGGGGCAGUAAAGAUUCUAAUCAUGUGACCAGCAACGCCGCGGAUGAUGUUGAUGUUGCUCCCCUGAUCGCCAUGGAAGAUGAUGGCAUGUUCGCAAACGUAAUCCGAGAACAGCAGCAGCAACAACUGCAGCAGCAGCAACUGGAAGCCGCACAGAGUACUUCUUGGCUUUUUUUUUGCCCGAUAUUCUCGAGAAUACACUCAGAAGUGCACAAAACAGCUUUGUAAGCUUGUUUAUGAUAAAGAUAAAUAUAUGAAUAGCAACGUAAAUAAGCACGACCACACUUGAAAUGCUGAAGCAAAUCCCUACAAGAACCCGUCUACUAUUUUACAGGAGCAGCGUCCGCACAGCAAUUGCAGCAGGCUGCAGCGUAUCAAAUGUAAAAAUGUCUGGGUCUGGAAAAAUUCACGUUUGUCAUGCUUGUCUGGCAUGACUCUUAAAUCUGUCAUGCACGUUACCCAAGAGCUCCGUUUUUCUGUGAUGCAGAGGCACAGUUUGUCAUGCAGAAUAGGCAACACCUAGGAGCUCAGAAACUUGUCAUGCUGAGCCAGCAUUCGUAGCCUCAUCAUGAGACGCUACCCAGCAUCACAAGUUUCCAGACCCAGACAUUUUUUCAGUUGAUACAGUGAUGGCAGAGCAGAGCCUGCAGAUGAAUGGUGCCGGUAACCACGAUCGAGGAAACGGGGUAGAUGCUUUGUUCUCGGACAAUGUGAUGAACAACGACGCGGACUUGCAAGACAUGAUGGGUUAUCCUGUGCAAAAGUAUCGCACUCGUACUAAUUGCAGUUGUGCAUGACAAAUUUCCUUUCCAAGGUAAAACAGCAUGACAAAUGCAAUUCUUUAUGCUGUUAAAAUUUGCAAUGCAAUUUAUACCAGUGCCAUGGUUUUGCAAUUCAUAUGGUCCUGUUUGAGGACGAAGAGCCUGACGGUGUAGAGUGACAGCGGCACACCUAAGUACUACUACUAGGGGCAUCAAAGAAGAUAACUGGUCGACUGUCACAAUCUUUGACAACUACCGCAACGAACUGCAUGUUGUGGUGCGUACGAAGAUAAAUACAAGUGGCCAGCGUCCGAAGUGGAGCGUGCAUAUAACGCCACCUGACAGACCUACUCAGAGCGACAGCAUAACACUCCAAAUCUUUUCUACUGCAGCGACAAAAAAAAACGUAUCUGUUAUACACCCCUUUGAACUCAUCUACGCGACAUGAGCAGCGAUCCAAAAGAAAUGCACACCACAGGAAGUGUAGUUUACGUCCUAGUCCUUGCGCCGGCUGUGCAGAGCGACAAGCGCCAGCGUCGUGGCAAUAUAUGGCUUGUUCUGAAGCAAGGGUAGGUCCAUCAGCGACGCCUACUGUCUUUGAGUAUUCUGUGAUUUUGAAAAGUUUGAGCUUUCGUGCAGUUAGUUCCGCUGCACGCUCCGCGGUUCAACUAGGGUUUUUCGUCAUCCUGUGUAUGGGAGAGACCAGCCUCCACACGGUGCGGAAAAUUUGGCGCUGCUAGGACGUUAGGGUUAGUAGCGCUCCCGCUCUCGCUGUGACAGACUUUGUGGCAGUAGUAUCCACAUUUCCAGCCCUUUAAUAAUAAGCCAAAUAAUUCUCGUCGUGUGUAAGAGAAUAGAGCGAGGGAACGCGAG